GGACGAGGCUCGCUCGGGAUUCCUGCUGAACUCGACUGCACAAACCAGACAUCACGAUACGAUACGAUACCGCCGACACACAAAGAAAACAACCGAACAGAUUGACCCCCACCCCAACCAAAGGUCGUCUUCUUCCCCGCCGAGCAGUCUGACUGCACUACACGCCACCAGCCGCCCGCCCUUCUCUCGCUGUGUCAGCAAUCAAUCAAUCGACCACUUCAAUCAAUUACCCCAUUCCAUCCAAUCCUGACCAGUCCAUCCGAGUACCCUACAUACCUUGUGCGCAUUCCUCGACUCUCCCACGCCAAGGUUCAGCUGGAAGACCACACGCGAACCCAACACGCCAGCCCACCAGCCCACCACCCACCACCAACACACCCAGCUAGAAUUGAGCAGCUCGACAUCGCCUGCGUAUCUGUUUGCUCUCUGCCUCUGCCUCUGCCUCUGCCUCUGCAACCAGCCCUCCCGGCCAGGCCAUGUUCGCGCCCUGAUCGCCGCCUCCUGCGAACCGAGAGCGCUCAGCGCGCAUCUCGAGCCCUUGUGUGAUUGAUCAAGUUGCUGCCCACUCACUGCAGCGAUUGACCAGUCACCUCAUCACCCUCGCCUUCUCACUCGAAUCCUCUCCGUCGCCGCAUACCCCGGCCCACCAUGGCAGACCCUUCGAGAUCCCCUCCGCGGCAAGGGAAUAGGGCGCCCCCGCCUUCCUCAAUACCCUUGGACGGCCUUGGUGGCCCGCCCGGCGAAUAUGGGAGAGGCAGGUCCACUUCCGGCGCUGGAGGCGCCCAGCCGUUCGGGGCACAGGCGCAGUCACAAUCACAACCGCAGCGAUACGAGAGGUUAUCGCCAACUACCGCCCAGAUGGCCGCGAACCUGCCCAGCAUAACCACGUACUGGGACAACCCAUAUCAGCAGCAGCAGCAGCAGCCACCCCAGGGAUUGUCACUACAAACACAACAGCCCUCGAGGCACCUGGGGCCCGAGUCGCCCCUGGAUCCCACCGCAUUUGCGUAUGCCCUCCCACCCGAUUUCUCUAAUACCGAGCAGCUGUCGCCACGUCCUCUCUCAGAGAUCGGCUCUACUCCGAACGCGGCCUACGAGGCACCGUCGUACUUCGAAGAUCACAACGCCCCAGAGUCGGACAGGGUGCCUCUUACGCAGACUGCUCAGCCGAUCGAUGGUCUCAGCGUUGCCGGCGACGCACAGCCAAGGGAUAGCUUCCAGACGGUGCGCGAUCUAGAUACUGGCCCGAGCCAGGUGCGAAAUGAGGACAGGCUGGGCUUCGACUUGGAGUCUGGGAUUGGCUCCCAGAAGCACAAGAGCUUUGGCAAGAACUUGACUCCCGACGGGAACCGGCGGUCCCGCUCGCCAUCGACACAAGGCGCAUUGCUCAAGGCUGGCUCCAUCAUGCGGGCCAUGUCCCAGCGUGUCGUGAACAUCAGUGGUGACGAGGUUCUUGAGAACCAGAGGCGCCGGUCCCGUUCGCCGAGCCGAGAUGGACCGCGCAAGUCUAUGCCCCAGGUGCCCGAGAUCGAUACCGCGUACAAGUCGCAGCUCUAUGGAAGUCAGAGCCCCAUAGAGAAGAAGGGACAGGCCGAAUACGUCUUUCCCUCAGACCCCGGCCCCCUGUCCCCGGCCCCCUCGAUACACGGCCGCAUGGCCAACCCUCUGAAAGGAAAGACGCUGGGCAUCUUCGGUCCUGAGAAUCCUCUACGAAAGCGCCUUUGCGAUAUCCUGGUACAGCCGUGGACAGAGCCUCUGCUUCUCAUAUUGAUCGUGCUCCAAAUGAUCCUCCUCUGUGUCGAGGCUGCACCAAAUGUUUUCGACGACGGCGAAGGCAGGCCAGACAGAUGGGGUAGCACCUCGAUCGACUGGGCCAUUUUCUGCCUGUUUGUCAUAUUUACAAUAGAGAUCAUCGCCAGGAUAAUCGUCUCUGGUUUCAUUCUCAACGCCUCCGAAUAUAGCACCAUCGACCGCAAACGCGGCGUCAAGGCGGCUGUCGUCGACAGGUAUCGGAAUGUCUUUCAACCCCAGAGGCAAAAGUCGGUAAAGAAGCCACCACAAGACUUCGGCCCGUCAACUUUCCAGCGUUCUGUCACAUUUUUUGGCGGCCAUCAACUCCCUCAGACCAUAGAAGAGCAGCAGAGGUUUCAGUUGGCCCGGCGAGCUUUCUUGAGGCAUGGUUUCAACCGACUCGAUUUCGUUGCUGUUGUCUCAUUCUGGAUAUCCUUUGUGAUCGGAAUCACAGGCGCCGAGAAUCGCCACCAUCUCUACGUGUUCAGAAUGCUAAGCUGUCUCCGGAUCGUGAGGCUGCUGGCCCUGACCAAGGGUAACGCGGUUAUUCUGCGAAGUCUGAAAAGAGCGGCACCUCUACUGAUGCGAGUCUCGUUCCUGAUCGGUUUCUUCUGGUUGGUCUUUGCCAUUAUUGGUGUGCAAAGUUUCCAGGGAAGUCUUAGACGGCAGUGUGUCUGGAUCGAUCCGGAAGACCCGUUAAACAUCUCUGCGGCGUUUGUCAAUGACUUCCAAUUCUGUGGUGGCUACAAGAACCAAACCACUGGCAAAGACUUGCCAUGGGUUAUUGCUGAGCCGCCAGACAACUUGAACAACCUCAGCCCCGGGACAGCUAACGCUAAGGGCUAUAUUUGUCCCAGGGGGUCGCUCUGUCUCCAGCAGGGCAAUCCGUACAAUGACACCAUGCACUUUGACGACAUUCUACACUCACUCGAGAUGGUAUUCGUUGUCAUGAGUGCGAAUACCUUCUCCGACCUCAUGUACUACACGAUCGAUUCGGAUUACACACCAGCAGCACUCUUCUUCGGCGCUGGAAUUAUGAUCAUGCUGUUAUGGCUGGUCAACUUGCUGAUCGCUGUCAUUACAUCAUCAUUUCAGGUCAUCCGUGAGGAGAGCAGGGCCAGUGCUUUCACCGACAGCGAGGACAAAUUUGUGGACGGUCCUACGGAGGAGCCACCCAAACGGCUAUCUUCCAUACAACGGAUAUACAACAAGUCGAGGCUGUUCUGGGUUCUUUGUAUCGCUUUCGACUUGCUUGCACAAGCAUGUAAGAGCGCCGAGAUGUCAAAUGACCGCAAGGCCUUCAUCGACAAUGUGGAAAUUGUGAUUACGCUUCUACUCGACAUCGAAAUAAUCCUACGAAUAGUCGCGGACUUUAGAGGGUUCCGUCACCAUACUCGGAACCUUGUGGAUCUAGGACUCGCCGUUAUCACAUCCGUCAUCCUUCUGCCUCCGAUCCAAUCGCACGAAACGGUUUACGCCUGGUUGACUUUUUUUCAGAUCAUGAGGGUCUACCGUGUUGUCCUUGCGGUGCCAAUGACUCGAGACUUGAUCGUCCUAGUGUUAGGUGAUUCCACUGGUAUCAGCAACCUGAUGCUGUUUGUCUACCUGAUGACGCUCCUUAUGGCAAUUUUCGCCUCGCAGCUAUUCCGCGGAGAAAUACCUUUGGAGGACGAAGGCGGGGAGGGCAUCAAAAUGAACUUCUCGACAAUCUGGAAUUCAUUCCAGGCCAUGUUCCAAAUCUUAUCCAGUGAGAAUUGGACGACUGUUCUGUACACAGUCACCGGCUACACAGUGCAAUGGCAUACCGCGUGGAUUGGUGCCAUGUUUCUUGUUGGGUGGUUUAUUUUGGCGUUCAUGAUUCUCAUAAAUAUGUUCAUUGCUGUCAUCCAAGAAAAUUUCGAUGUCGGCGAGGAUGUCAAGCGGCUUGAACAAGUCCGCGCAUUCUUGCAGCGGAAAGAGCUGGGUGGCAGUUCGAGCAAUCUCGCCCUUUCGACCAUCUUCUCCCUCGGCAAGACUAGGAAGAAGAAGGACCCUCUGGAUUACGGCCCGGCUACCAUGGAAAUGCUGCUCAAAGAGGCUGUUGUCAAAGACUUCCUGGACGAUGCAGUCGAGACCGUGCAGGAGACACCUGGCAGUGGCAGCCAAUCACCUCCAGACGACGCUACUGCAAAGGCUGGUAAUGUGAAGCCUGGAUUCAUGUCCAUGGUGUGGGGCAAAGUGGUCACGUCGUUCAGCAGCAAAGACCCAAAUCCUUUCUACUCGAAUCGCACCUUCGAAUCUCGUAAUGAGACCCAGGACCCGCGGCAAAUGGCUCGUCAAGCUGUUUCUGCCUCUGCGGAGCGACGCAAGGCCCAGCGCGCGUACCUGGCCCGACACCCCACUUACAACAAUUCCUUGUUCAUAUUCACCCCCCGAAACCCUAUCCGCCGCCUUUGCCAACGAAUCGUUGGUCCUGGUCGGGGGAAUGAGCGUUUUGAUGGCGUAGAGCCCCACAAGAUUGCGUGGUACUCGUUUUCGGCCUUCAUCUAUGCCGCUAUUGUCGCCAUGGUGAUCUUGGCCUGUGUUACAACGCCACUUUACCAGAAGGAAUACUUCGAGACCCAUGAAUUCAGCGUGGAGAACUGGUUCGUCUGGACCGACAUGGCUUUCGCCACUCUGUUCACCGCAGAAGCUCUCAUCAAGGUCAUCGCAGAUGGGUUCUUCUGGACCCCGAAUGCGUACUUCCGCAGCUCCUGGGGUAUCAUUGAUGCUGUGGUCUUGAUCACUCUUUGGAUUAACGUUAUCACGCUCUUCACAAAUGCUGGAGCCGUGUCCCGCGCUGUGGGCGCCUUCAAAGCCCUCAGGGCUCUCCGGCUGCUCAACGUCAGUGACAGCGCCCGUGACACAUUUCACUCGUUGAUUGUCAUCGGUUGGUGGAAGAUUGCCAGCGCGGCCUUCGUGUCGCUUUCGCUGAUUAUCCCAUUCGCCAUCUACGGGACCAACUUGUUCAUGGGCAAGAUGGUCACCUGUAAUGACGACAGCGCGGGCGAGUUCCUCUAUGACUGCUUUGGUGAAUUCAACAGUACUCCAUACAACUGGGAAGUGCUGGCUCCCCGAGUGGCCGCCAACCCAUUCUUCAGCUUCGACGACUUUGGCUCCUCCCUGUUCAUUCUGUUCCAGGUUGUCAGUCAAGAAGGCUGGAUUGAUGUCUCGUUUGCGGCGCAGGCGGUCACAGGGGUCGGCAGGCAGCCGCAGGAUGGAGUCGCCCAAGGCAAUGCCGUCUUCUUCAUCAUCUACAAUCUCUUGGGCACAGUCUUCGUGCUUACGCUGUUCAUCUCCGUCUUCAUGCGAAACUACACGGAGCAGACUGGUGUGGCAUAUCUGACGACAGAGCAACGGUCGUGGCUCGAAUUGCGCAAACGUCUCCGCCAAAUUUCGCCUUCCAAGACGUCUUAUGAUGACUCUGGGCAGAGCUGGAAGAAGUGGUGUCACAAGCGCGCAAUCGAGAAGAAGGGCAAGUGGUACGUCAGCAUCACGGCCGUGCUGGGCCUCCAUCUGCUGCUUCUGCUCCUCGAGUUCUAUGAGGAGCCCAGGUGGUGGACCAAUACGAGAGACGCAAUAUUCUUCUUGUUCACACUGAUCUACAUGGCGAACACUGCAAUUCGCAUGUUUGGUCUGGGCUGGCCACGAUUCAGGAAGAGUUCAUGGGACAUGUACUCGCUCGUCGUUGUGAUCGGCGCGUUCCUGACUACGAUACUCUUCCUCAUCUUCCCCUCGCAAGACACUUUCGUCCAGUUGCACAAGUUCUUCCUCGUUGCCAUCGUGUUCCUGCUCAUUCCCCGCAAUGACGCCCUGGACCAGCUCUUCAAGACGGCGGCGGCUAGUCUGACGACUAUCGGCAAUCUGUUGGCAACAUGGCUGGUCUUCUUCCUCGUCUUUGCCAUCGCCCUUACGCAGACGUUCAGCUUGACGCGAUUCGGUGGCGAGGAGACUACUCAAAUCAACUUCCGCACGGUGCCCAACGCACUCAUCCUGCUGUUCCGUAUGUCUGUCGGUGAGGGUUGGAACGAGAUCAUGGAAGAUUACGCCUGCAUCGAGCCGCCUCUGUGCGUGGAGAGCGACAACUUCUAUUCUAGUGACUGCGGAAGCGCUGCAUGGGCCCGGGUGUUAUUCAUAUUGUGGAACAUCCUCAGCAUGUAUAUCUUCGUCAACUUGUUCGUGUCGCUCAUUUACGAGAGUUUCUCGUACGUGUACCAGCGCUCAAGCGGGUUGUCUGCCGUCGACCGCGACGAGAUCCGCCGCUUCAAGGAGGCCUGGAGAUCAGUCGACCCCCGUGGCACUGGAUACAUCAGCAAGGAAGCCUUCCCACGCCUGCUGGGAGAGCUGUCUGGUGUGUUUGAGAUGCGUAUCUACUCACAUGACGAUUCCGUGGGGUCGAUUCUUCAUGAUGUUGGAAACGAAGUGCCAUCUGCCCGCCACCAGUCCAUCUCAUCAUCAAGCGUCUACGGCGGUGCCAAUCUCAAGAAGCUGAACGAACGGCUGAACCAAAUUGACAUCCAAGCGGUGCGGGAGAGGCGCAGGAGGUACAACAUCUUCUAUGAAGAAGUCAUGGUCUCGGCGGAUCCGGACAGGGGGAUCUCGUUCACUACAGUGCUCAUGAUCUUGGCUCACUACAACAUUAUCAACGACAGCAAGAGUCUUCGGCUUGAGGAAUUCUUGCGUCGUCGGGCACGCCUGCAACGUGUCGAGGAGGAGGUUCGCCGUCGUGUGGUCGUCGGCUUCUUCGACACCAUGUACUAUGCACGACAGUUCAAGCGGCACAUGGAUCGCAAGAGGUCCGCGCGUAUGACGGCAAUACCUCAGCUCGACCUGCCGGACAUUCUAGUGGACGACGAAGAAGAGCGCGAAAGGAGGAAGACGUCCGCGUCAGCACGGCUGCAGAACCCAUACGGGCAACAGAGCCCAUCGACCCCCGGCUCGGCGGGCCUGCGCUCGCCAGGCACGGACGGCGGGUUCCUGAGCCCCAACGAGGCCAGGAACAGCGGCGGCGCGGGCGGGCUCACGGCCAACCAGAAGACGUGGUCCGGCACGAGCGCGGACCUCACGCUGCAGACCAGCUUCGACAGCGGGGGCGGCGCGCACCCGCUGAGCAUGCCGCGGGCGGGCGAGGCCAGCUCGGCCAGGAGCGACGCGCAUCAGUCGACGCACUCGGCCUUCAGCUUCGAGCUGCAGCCCGGGUCGGGCAACAGCUCCGCGGCCAACAGCAGGCGCAACAGCAGGAGCAACAGCGCCGUCAGCCCGAUCCAGAUGAGCCAGAUCCUCGACGACUCCAUCUGGAUGGCGAGCAUCCGGCGGAGCGCCACGAUGAAGAGGAAGCCGGGGUGGUAAUCAAGGAUGGCAAGAUUCAUCUAUCCAAUCUCACUUGGGAGAGGGACUAAUGGGAUUAACGAUCGGGAAGACAAAUGGAGGGGAUGCACAUCUGGGACAUGGGAUAAAGGAGACGAGGCCGGCUGCUGGCUACCAACCGCUAUACGCCAUUCAUUGCAUUGCGAGAAAGGGAAUUGCAGGGACUAACUACACCGGCGUUCACGGCGGCUAUCUGGAAGUGGGAGGAAGAAGUUCUCCCUCUAUUCUGGCGGCGUUUCCAUCAUCUUUUUUAUUACUGUCCUGCCUAAUCUGUGCGAAGCGAAGCGAGCAUACUGGUUGUCCAUAUUACCACGAAUGGGUGGGGUGGUGAAGUUGUUUGGGUUCGGAAAGGUUGUAGAUAUCUGCCUAGACACCGUGGUCGGGGGUGUGUUCAGGUCUUGAACAGGUUCCUCGAGACAUUCAGUGAUAAACAAAUGACAUGGGUGGGGGCAUCAGGCUCCAUGGUUGUG